AUGGAUUUGGAGUCUCAAUUGUCUGCCAUUGUAGCAAUCCCUCAAAGCAAUGCACAAGCACUGUCCGAGUUCGACAAGCAGCUCAAGAAAGCGGAGGAAAAAUUUGUUCGUUGGGAAUCGAGGGAUUUGAUGAUAUGGGAUUCAAGUCCGGUGGAGGCUUCAAAGUACCUGAAAGGCAUUGAAGAGAUACAAAGCUUGAUUGAAACUAUCGGAGGCUUGUCAGCGGAUGAGUAUGGUAAGAAGAAGAAGAACCUUCUUUACAGGGCAAAUAGUGUGUUGAAGUUGGCAAUGUCAAGACUAGAGGAUGAGCUAAUCCAAAUUCUCCUUCAGUACAAGCAAUGCGCCGAUCCAGGUCACAUGUCUUUUCGUUUGUUUGGAGUUGAUCAAAUAGGGUAUGAUAGCUUCUCACUUCCUUCAAUCGAUGAAAGAUCGAGUGAGCUAUCAUCGGAGAAGAAUAAUAAUAGCAAUGAAUCAGAGGAUUAUGUGGUGGAUCUGGUGCAUCCUCUAGGAAUACCUCAUAUUAAGUCCAUUGCAAAUGUUAUGUUUGCUUCAAAUUUUGGGGAUGAGUUCUGCCAUGCUUUUGUCAAUAUGAGGAAGGACGCUUUUAAUGAGUACUUGUUCGAUGUUCUUGGCUGGCAAAAAUUCAGCAUAGAAGAUGUGCACAUGAUGGAGUGGACAAGCUUGAACUCGGAGAUGAAGAAAUGGAAUUGGAUAAUGAAGAUCGUCGUGCGUGUCUGUCUUGCUAGUGAGAAGCGUCUAUGUGAAAAGAUUUUAGGGGAGUUUGGAUCUUUUAGCUCAUUUUGCUUUCUUGAAACAACAAUGGAUACAAUGGGGUGCCUUUUGAAUUUUGGUGUUGCCAUAGCCAUAGGGGCUCGUAGUCCGGAGAAAUUAUUUUCAUUUCUCGACAUGUAUGAUGUUCUUGCAAAUCUUCGAAGUUAUAUAGAUGCUUUGUUCACAGAAGAUGCAGGAUGUGUCAUAAGAAACCAAUUUCAUGAGAUAGUGAAGAGCUUAGGAAAUUUGGCAAAGACAACGUUUGUGGAUUUUGGAAAUGUCAUUGCUUCCAACACAUCAGCAAGUCCUUUCUCUGGUGGUGGUAUUCAUCCUCUCAUUCGGUAUGUCAUGAACUUCAUUAAGACUGUUACUGACUACAGUGAUACACUUAACUUGCUUCUCAAGGAUCAACACAUGGAAGGAUCAGCUGCUGAAAUUAAGUUUGAAGAUCAGAAAUGCAUUUCCCCUUUGACCCUCUCUCCGACAUCUGUCCAUGUUCUGUCAAUUAUUGGGAUCCUAAAAUCAAACCUUGAGAGCAGAUCCAAAUUGUACCACAAUGAGGCUCUACAACAUGUUUUCAUGAUGAACAAUCUCCAUUACAUGGUUCAGAAGAUCAAGAACACCAGACUCGAGAUUCUUUUUGGAGAUGAAUGGAUAAGAACACAGAAGAGUAAAGUGCAGCAACAUGUUAAAGAUUAUGUGAGAGCUACUUGGAGUUCAGCCGUUUCCUUGUUAAGAGAUGAUAUUCGAGUGCCACAUUUUCUCUCAAAGAAAAGUUCUAAAAAUAGGCUCAAGGCUUUCACUGUUGCUUUUGAGGAGGUAUACAAGAUACAGACAGGAUGGUAUGUACCAGAUCAUGAGCUUCGGGAAGACCUACAAAUUUCAACUUCACAGAAUGUAAUCCAUGCUUAUCGGAAUUUUGUCGAGAGGGUCUCUGUAAAAUAUAAGAUCACCGACAAGUACAUGAAGUACACUGUUGAUGACAUGGAGGAGCAUCUUCUUGAUCUAUUCGAAGGGUCACCGAGAUUAUUAAACAAAGCAUCUACAUGCAGGAAGUGA